AUGGCUGAGGGGACCCUGAAGAAGCAGAUCCCUAGUGACCAGCGCACGUCUUCAGUAUUAAAUGUAAUUAAGACUAACGGACUUCCCCACCGACUUCCUCCCUCCCUCCCAAUAUCUGGCGUCUCCUCCGUAUCAAUAUUUGCUUUCGAGCCCCGAGAAGUGGACCCGCUUCGUGGGACCGGCUGCCCGCGAAACGCGCCUGCCGGCCGGACAAGAGUCGCCCCCGCGGCCAAGCGAAGCCUCGCCUCGCCUCGCCUGGCCGGGGCCGCCUCGAAGGGGCCAAGCAGGUGGCUUCGACGGGGCGGGCCGCGGCAGGGCAGGGCGGGGCGGGGCCACGGGAGCCCCUCCUCUCCGGCUCCCAGUGGGGCGCGGGGCUGCCCGGGGGCUUCGGCGCGAGGGAGCGAGUGGCAGCCGUCGCGCGGUCCGUCGGGAGCGCCCUUGGCUGACUUGACGGCCGGGAGGAUGCAGGCUCGUCUCCAGCAGUGGGGGCGGCUGGUGAGCCGGGGCGCCACUCUGCCCGGGCCCCGCGGCGGGGCCUUGGGGGGCGGCGAGGCGCGAGGCCGGGGGGGACGUCGCGGGCAGCGAGGCUCGGCCGGUCUGGCGAGGAGCAGCGCCGGGGGCGAGGGGGCCGGGGGCGCCGGGGCCGCCGCCUCGACCUCCUCCAGGCACAUCGAGCGGCUCCUGCCCAGGCACGAUGACUUCUCCGAGAGGCAUAUCGGGCCGGGGGACAAAGAGAAGCGAGGGAUGCUACAGACCGUGGGGCUGUCGAGUAUUGAUGAGCUGAUUGAUAAAACCAUUCCGGCGAACAUCCGCUUGCAGCGGCCUUUGAAGAUGGACGACCAUAUCUGUGAGAAUGAAAUUCUUGAAACUUUAUACAAUAUUGCCAGCAAGAACAAGAUCUGGAGAUCCUAUAUUGGCAUGGGUUAUUACAACUGUUCAGUCCCUCAGGCCAUUGUGAGGAACUUGCUGGAGAAUGCAGGAUGGAUUACCCAGUAUACUCCUUACCAGCCAGAAGUGUCCCAAGGCAGACUGGAGAGUUUGCUGAAUUAUCAGACGAUGGUGUGUGACAUCACAGGAAUGGAUGUGUCCAAUGCAUCUUUAUUGGAUGAAGGAACUGCUGCAGCAGAAGCGAUGCAGUUGUGUCAUAGGCACAAUAAGAGGAGGAAGUUUUAUGUUGACAUCCGAUGCCAUCCUCAGACGAUAGCUGUGGUGCAGACUAGAGCAAAUUACACUGGCAUCCUCGUGGAGUUGAAGCUGCCUCAUAAGAUGGACUUCAGUGAGAAAGAUAUCAGUGGAGUGCUGUUCCAGUAUCCAGAUACUGAGGGAAAAAUAGAAGAUUUCACUGGACUUGUUGAUCGAGCUCACCAGAAUGGGACUCUUGUCUGCUGUGCUACUGACCUGUUAGCUCUAUGUAUCUUGAGACCUCCAGGAGAAUUUGGCAUUGAUGUUGCUUUGGGAAGCUCCCAGAGGUUUGGGGUACCACUUGGUUAUGGUGGACCGCAUGCGGCGUUCUUUGCUGUCAAGGAGAACUUGGUGAGAAUGAUGCCUGGAAGGAUGGUGGGAGUUACAAGGGAUGCAAAUGGGAAAGAAGUAUAUCGCCUUGCUCUGCAAACCAGAGAGCAGCAUAUCAGGAGGGAUAAGGCUACAAGCAACAUCUGCACUGCACAGGCACUUCUGGCUAAUAUGGCUGCCAUGUUUGGAGUCUAUCAUGGUGCUAAUGGAUUAAAGCACAUUGCCAGGAGAGUGCAUAAUGCCACUCUGAUUUUAGCUGAAGGUCUGAAGAGAGCAGGUCACAAACUGCAACAUGACCUAUUUUUUGAUACCUUGAAAAUCCAGUGUGGCUGUGAUGUUCAAGAGGUCUUGUGCAGGGCAGCCCAGAGACAAGUAAACCUGAGGAUUUACAGUGAUGGCACACUUGGCCUGUCUCUUGAUGAAACUGUCACUGAAAAAGACCUGGAUGACCUAUUAUGGAUCUUUGGUUGUGAAUCUUCAGCUGAACUGGUUGCUGAGAGCAUGGGUGAAGAAGCAAGGGGCAUUUUUGGCACUGAAUUUAAGAGAACUUCAGAAUUCCUAACACAUCAAGUAUUCAACAGCUAUCAUUCUGAAACAAAUAUUGUCCGGUAUAUGAAAAGAUUGGAAAACAAAGAUAUAUCCCUUGUUCAUAGCAUGAUUCCUUUGGGAUCCUGUACAAUGAAGCUGAAUAGCUCAUCAGAACUUACACCUGUUACAUGGAAGGAGUUUGCCAAUAUCCACCCCUUCGUACCUCUAGAUCAGGCUCAAGGAUACCAGCAGCUCUUCAAGGAGCUUGAAAAGGAUCUGUGUGAGAUCACAGGCUAUGACAAAAUUUCCUUUCAACCAAACAGUGGGGCCCAAGGUGAAUAUGCUGGGUUGGCUGCAAUCAAGGCUUAUUUAAAUGCCAAAGGAGAAUGGCAUCGAAGCGUUUGUCUUAUUCCAAAAUCUGCACAUGGUACUAACCCAGCAAGUGCUCAGAUGGCAGGAAUGAAGAUUCAGCCUGUGGAAGUAGAUAAAAAUGGAAGCAUUGAUGUUGGUCAUCUUAAGGCAAUGGUGGAUAAGCACAAAGAGAACCUUGCUGCUAUCAUGAUCACAUACCCCUCCACUAAUGGUGUCUUUGAAGAGGAGAUCAGUGAUGUGUGUGACUUGAUUCACCAACAUGGAGGCCAGGUUUACUUAGAUGGAGCAAAUAUGAAUGCCCAGGUUGGCCUGUGUCGUCCUGGAGACUAUGGAUCAGAUGUCUCUCAUUUAAACCUUCACAAAACUUUUUGCAUUCCUCAUGGAGGAGGAGGACCUGGAAUGGGACCAAUUGGAGUGAAGAAGCAUUUGGCUCCCUUCCUGCCUAGCCACCCAGUCAUUGCAUUACAGCAUGACAAGGAUUCAAGCCCAUUGGGAACAAUCAGUGCUGCCCCCUGGGGAUCCAGUGCUAUAUUGCCCAUUUCUUGGGCUUAUAUCAAGAUGAUGGGAGGAAAAGGCCUUAAGCAUGCAUCAGAGAUUGCAAUAUUAAAUGCUAAUUAUAUGGCAAAGAGGUUAGAGAAGCACUACAAAGUCCUCUUUAGAGGAGCCAGAGGUUAUGUAGCUCAUGAAUUCAUUUUGGACACCAGACCUUUCAAGAAAACAGCAAACGUUGAAGCUGUGGAUGUUGCUAAACGGCUCCAGGAUUAUGGAUUUCAUGCUCCAACAAUGUCGUGGCCGGUGGCAGGAACUCUUAUGAUUGAACCAACAGAGUCAGAAGACAAGGCAGAACUAGACCGAUUUUGUGAUGCCAUGAUUAGUAUUCGACAAGAAAUUGCUGAUAUUGAGGAAGGAAGAAUGGAUUCUCAAAUUAAUCCUUUGAAGAUGUCACCACACACCUUGACCUGCAUUGCUACUCCUAACUGGGAUCGUCCAUACUCUAGAGAAGUAGGAGCUUUUCCACUACCGUUUGUGAAACCUGAUAAUAAAUUUUGGCCCACAAUUGCUCGAAUUGAUGACAUUUAUGGAGAUCAGCAUCUAGUUUGUACCUGCCCACCAAUGGAAGUCUAUGAAUCACCUUUUGCUGAACAGAAGAGAGCAUCAUCUUAGGACCAAGCCACUUCC